CAUAUUACUUUCUCUAUUUCUUUUUUUCAGUUUAGAUAUAUAUGGGAUGGGUUUAGUUGUGUACAUCAAAACAUUAGUCUUCUAUAUAUAUAUAUAUAUAUAUCCAUUGUGCAAUAGAAAGGCUAUCCCUCCUCGUGCAUUCUAGUGAAAAGAAAUGAAGAACAAAAUAUUAUCAUCAUCAACCAUGCAAACGCAGUUCCCCUCAACCAUACUACUACUCCUCCUAAUCCUAACCACAUACCACUUCAUUCCAUCACUCUCACAAAUUUGCAACCCAAAUGACAAAAAUGCCCUCCUCCAAAUCAAGAAACAAUUAGGCAACCCAUCUCAACUCUCUUCAUGGGACCCAACCACUGAUUGUUGCAACACCACAUGGCAAGGUGCUUCAUGCGACACAUUCACACCAACUUACCGCAUCACCGACCUCGACCUCUCCGACCUCCAACUCUCUCAACCAUACCCUAUUCCACCCUCCAUCACCAACCUCCCUGCCCUCACCUUACUCUCUCUCGCCAACAUCCCCAACCUCGUCGGACCUAUCCCGCCGUCAAUCGUCAACCUCACAAUACUCCGGUACCUUACCAUCCGCAACACCAACAUCUCCGGCGAGAUACCCGGCAUCCUCUCCCAGAUCAAAACCCUCGUAACCAUAACAUUCACUAACAACAAACUCACUGGUCCCCUCCCCGCUUCUCUCUCGUCUCUCCCAGUCCUCGGCGGAAUCUCCUUCGACAGUAACCAACUCACCGGAGCAAUACCGGAGUCGUACGGCUCUUUCUCAAAAACCCUCUUUACAGGGUUGACUCUGUCGAGAAACAAACUCUCCGGGAAGAUUCCGGCGUCGCUGGCGAAUCUGAACCUGGCGUUUUUGGACUUAUCGAGAAACGCGUUGGAGGGUGAUGCAUCGGUGUUUUUUGGGUCGAAGAAAGAAACUCAGCAGAUAGUGUUGGGGAAUAACAAGUUUGGUUUUGAUUUUGGGAAAGUUGGGUUGUCGAAGAAUUUAGAGAAGUUGGAUUUGAGGAAUAAUAAAAUAUACGGUACGUUACCGGAGGGACUGACGGCGCUGAAGUUUUUGCAUAAGUUGAAUGUGAGUAGCAAUAAUUUGUGUGGUCAGAUUCCAUCGUUAAGAUUUGAUGAGACUUCUUAUGCUCAUAAUAAAUGCUUGUGUGGUUCUCCUCUUCCACCCUGCAAAACUUGAAUGGAUCCCAUUAAUAUGUGGGCUUUCAUUUGAAUUUUAGUAGCAGUAAUCAAUAAGGGAAAACGUGUUGUUCUACUUUAUAAUUGAAGAAAAACAGUAAGAGAAAAUAAAGGUCAUUUUAUAAGAUUUGAAGGAUAAAGUGAAUUAAAGUUACUUUUUUUUCUUUA